AUGAAACCAAACCGAGAGGCCAAACCAAGAGACCGAAAAAAAGAGACCCCAAACCCAAAAGAAAACCAAGGGCCCAAACAAGGAAACCCAACCCAAAAGGGCAAAACCAAAAGGCCCAAAAAAAAGAGGCCAAAACCCAAAAGGAAAAAAAAGGCCAAACCAAGAGGCCAAACCAAGAGGCCAAACCAAGAGGCCAAACCCAAAGAGGCCAACCAAGGGCCAAAAAAAAAGGCCAAACCCAAAAGGGCCCAAAAAAAGAGGCCAAAAACCAAAAGGCCAAAAAGAGGCAAACCAAAAAGGCCCCAAGAGCCAACCAGAGGCCCCAAUUUUAGCAAAACCAAUUAA